AGUAUGUCGUAAUGUAGUAGGGUUUUCCUCGAGUGAGAAAUCUCGAUCUCACGUGCUCAGCGCAUGACGUGAAAAACGUGCGACCGGUCAGACAUCACUUCGAAUUUCGAUCCUUCCACAGUGUCAUUUUCUCUUUAAAAGGUUCUAUUGAAAGAAAUCAUCAUGUCUGCUCCAGCCGUUGGUAUUGAUCUCGGCACCACCUACUCCUGUGUGGGCGUUUUCCAGCAUGGCAAAGUGGAGAUCAUCGCCAACGAUCAAGGCAACCGAACCACGCCCAGCUAUGUAGCCUUCACCGACACUGAACGCCUCAUCGGAGAUGCCGCCAAAAACCAGGUGGCCAUGAACCCCAGCAACACAGUCUUUGAUGCCAAACGUCUGAUCGGUCGCAAGUUUAAUGAACCAUCGGUGCAGGCGGACAUGAACCACUGGUCCUUUACUGUCAUCAACGACGGUAGCAAACCCAAGAUUCAGGUGGAGUUCAAGGGGGAGACCAAGAACUUUUACGCUGAGGAGAUCAGCUCCAUGGUGUUGAUCAAGAUGAAGCAGACUGCAGAGGCUUUUCUGGGAAAGACUGUCACGAACGCCGUAAUCACUGUACCAGCCUACUUCAAUGACUCCCAGCGCCAAGCCACCAAAGACGCUGGCGCCAUCUCGGGACUCAACGUCCUGCGUAUCAUCAACGAGCCCACGGCAGCUGCCAUUGCUUACGGUCUGGAUAAGAAGGUCGGCAAAGAGCGGACUGUCCUGAUCUUCGAUCUGGGCGGCGGCACCUUCGACGUGUCUGUCCUGGUCAUCGAGGACGGCAUCUUUGAGGUCAAGUCAACCAACGGAGACACCCACUUGGGCGGGGAGGACUUUGACAACAAUCUGGUCAGCCACUUUGUGGAGGAGUUCAAGCGUAAGCACAAGAAGAACCUGACCAGCAGCAAACGGGCCCUGAGGCGACUGCGGACAGCCUGCGAACGGGCCAAGAGAACCCUGUCAUCCAGCACACAGGCCAAUGUUGAGAUUGACUCGCUCUUCGAGGGCGUCGACUUCUACACCUCCAUCAGCCGGGCCCGCUUUGACGAGCUGAACGGCCACCUGUUCCGAGGAACCCUGGGCCCCGUCUCCAAGGCCCUCGCCGAUGCCUCCAAGGAGAAGAAAGACAUUGACGAGGUGGUGCUGGUCGGCGGCUCCACCCGUAUUCCCAAGAUCCAGAAGCUGUUGCAGGAUUACUUUGACGGCAAGGAGCUGAACAAGAGCAUCAACCCUGACGAGGCCGUAGCAUACGGAGCAGCUGUGCAGGCUGCCAUCUUGUCCGGCGACAAAUCCGAGGAGGUGCAGGACCUGCUUCUGCUGGACGUGGCUCCACUCUCCCUGGGUAUCGAGACAGCCGGCGGGGUCAUGACAGCCCUGAUCAAGAGGAACACCACCAUCCCGACAAAGAAUGAAGAGACCUUCACAACGUACGCCGACAACCAGCCAGGCGUGCUCAUCCAGGUGUUCGAAGGUGAACGUGCCAUGACCGGUUCAAAUAAUCUUCUCGGCAAGUUUGAGCUGUCUGGCAUCCCACCUGCCCCCCGAGGUGUCCCGCAAAUUAACGUGACCUUUGACAUUGACGCCAACGGCAUCUUGAAUGUGUCCGCCGUCGACAAAAGCACGGGGAAGUCCAACAAAAUCACCAUCACAAAUGAUAAAGGUCGGUUGUCCAAGGAAGAGAUCGAGAGAAUGGUGGCCGAGGCCGAGAGGUACAAGGCCGAAGACGACGCCCAACGCGACCGCAUCACCGCCAAGAACGGCCUGGAAGGCUACGCCUACAACAUGAAGUCCACCGUGGAAGACGAGAAGUUAAAGGACAAGAUUAGCCCCGAAGACAAACAGACCAUCCUGGAUAAGUGCAAGGAGGUUCUGGACUGGCUGGACAGCAACCAGACGGCAGAGAAGGACGAAUUUGAGGAUCGUCAGAAGGAACUGGAGGGAGUCUGCAACCCCAUCGUCACCAAGCUGUACCAAGCUGCAGGGGGUGCCCCAGGGGGUAUGCCCGGGGGUAUGCCAGGGGGUAUGCCGGGGGGUAUGCCUGGGGGUGGAUCCGAUGGUGGUGCCAGCAGCGGUGGACCGACCAUCGAAGAGGUGGACUAAAAUUUUACCUAAAAGUUUACGUGGCAUCCCAAAAAUCAACCAUUGGAGACUCAACUCAACAAGUGCAUUUUGAGAAAUAAAAAGUGUGACGAAAAUAGUUUCACCGAUUUAGAAUCUGACGUGAUAGGUCGCCUGAAUGAAACCUUUAGUAUUGUCUUGCCCUCUGCAUAAAUAUAUUACAGAGAUUUCUUCUUUAGUUUAGGCUUAUCCUUUCUUUGUGACUGAAUACUGCCGAGGUGCUAAGAAGAAAACACGAAGAAAAAAAAUGAAAUUGCCAAAAUCCAUUAUAUUAAAGCCUCAUAAGGGUUUGGAUUAUAUGCAAAAUGUGUUAUUUUACAUGAAUUAGGCGAUCUUUUGCGGCUUAUUUUCUUUGCCUUGGGUUAUUGAAAGGACCAUCCAGUCUUAAACGGAUAAGAUGUCACAACCAGCAUAUUAUUUAGAAAGAGUUUGGUUGUUUUGAAGUCUGCUUAUAGAAUGUUCGAACGUAUAUAUCGCAAACUAUCUGAAUGUUACCAAAAGACUAUAAUAAAUAUGAUUUCAUAGUGAUGAACGAUGGGGUUUAACCCUUUAGUCAGUGUAGUGCCCGAAACCGCCCUGCCUGUUACUCACUGUACCGCCCAAAACCGUCGGAGGACUCUAAUGAUCUUAUCGAUUCUUCAGUGAGUAAACGCAGUGCAGGACAUGUACUAAUGGUUAAUUGAGCUAUCUAGUAGCCAGUGUUUUGGCAUUUACAGAUUGGAGAACAUUUAAAUUUUGUGAAAAUUCUGAUGGAUUAGGCUGAUCUCAAACCCCCAAAACAACUCUUAACUGUAUGGCGGGUCUAAUAACUUGCUUCAGCCGAGAAAACGGAUACAAAUUCAGCUAUUUUUUUAACCUUGUACUUCAAGAAGAUGUGUAUAAAUUACCUGUAAUUGUUUUUUCUUGCUUUAUUAUUUGAGUCAGUUCAGAAUGACUAAAACUCACUGAAAUUUGUUUACAUACAAUUACAGUCGAGUCUCGUUAAUACAAACUCGUUCGGACCUAGCCAAAUUGUUUGUUAUAUCAGAAUUUUGUAUUAAGAGGAACAUCAGUCCCAUGCAUUGUGCACAUAAAUGCACAGUCGGGACCAAGGGUUUAUGUUUGUUAUAACCAGAAUUUGUAUUAACAGAGUUUGUACUAACGAGAGUCGGCUGUACAUGUAUAAUUAUAAAUAAUACAUAUUAAAUUUAUAUGAUUCAUUAGCCCCACAUAGUAUGGAGUGAUAGAUUUAAUUGUUAUCACUAAAACAAUUAUAACAAAGUGUUCACAUGGAGCUAAAAAUCAGUUUUGAUGUUUUUGGAUGGGUACAAUAUUAAAAAAAAACCCACAAUUGUGCACACUGUUCUGUUUCUUAUCGAGGGUAAAUGAUUUCAUUUGAUAUUGCGUGUGUAAAAAACUAAACUUUGAAAUGAUUUUGCUGAGAAAAUUAUUUGCCGAGAUUUCUCCGCCUUCAGUUGAGCAGGACAACUUGCUUUUCUCUGCUAUUUUGUCCUGUUCAUGUAAGCAAGAGAGAUGUUUACAUGCAUGAAACACAAGAUUGUGAUUGGAAGUUUGGGGGUUUUUUUUAAACCUUUUUCCAAGCAAAUGUAUAACAUUGGAUGUAGAUCUUAUUGUUGACUUUAAUGCAAGUAAUUUGCUGCUGUUAAUUAUUUUGGUUAUACAUGUACUUGUAGUACUUAGCGAUAUUUGCUUGUAAGCCUAUGUUUACCAGUGAUUCCGAAGCUUACAUAAUUGAGACAUUUUAACAACUGAGAUGGAAUCCAUGUAAUUGACAUUUUAGGGGGAAGCUGAUUUGUCAAGAGUGCAAUUUUGAGACUUUUACUACAUUAUCCAUGACAAAAUUUCGAAACUAAAACAAGAAAAUUGUGAAGUGUUUUUGUUUUUGAAUUAAUCUGAUUGAGUUGCACAUGCGAUUGAGUUGUACAUUUGAAGGAUUAAAGCUUUAUUUCAGGAAGCAGAAUUCUGAUAUUUCCUUUGAGAUCUAAUAAAUUGAUUGAAAUUAUUGUUACUUUUCUAA